CCGGCGCAGGCUUUCUAGUUCUACCUAUCUUUAUUUUGUUUUCAUUCUGGACAUAUAAGGGAAUACAACGAAAAAUAAAUUUCGAAAAUAAUGGAGGUAUUCUAAUGAGGCAACAAAUAGAUUUGAAUCAUGGGGACAAAAAAAGUUUCAAGCUUUUCACCAUAAAAGAGCUAGAGAAGGCAACCAAUAACUUCCGUGAAAAAAUCAGAGAAGGAGAGUUUGAUGAAGUUUUUAGGGGAGAGUUACGAUCUGGAAAGGCAGAAGUUGCUAUUAGGAGACCCAAAAAGAUGUACAAAGGCCAUAUCAUACGGUUUAUAGAUGAGGUUGAUAUUCUCUCUCAAAGCAAUCACGACCACGUAGUAAAGCUCGUGGGUUGCUGCCUUGAUUCUGUUGAUCCAAUCUUAGUUUAUGAGUUUUUCUCCAGGAGGACCCUCUUCGAUUAUAUCCAUGGAAAGAAUCAUGCAAAACCUCUUUCAUGGGAAGAUCGUUUAAGAAUUGCAACAGAAACGGCCAAAGGACUAGACUACUUGCACUCUUUUCAUCAUUCAUUAUCUAUCUUUUACAUGAAUAUCAAGUCUUCUACUAUACUUAUAGAUGAUGAAAAGAAGGCAAAAGUAUCUGAUUUUGGAGCUUCAGGAUUUUUUCCAGUUGGAAUGGAUGAAACUAAAAAAAAGACGUCAAAUAAUGAAUGGAAUUGUGGGUACUUAGACCCAGAAUAUUAUGAUACGGGUUUUAAACUUGUUUAUAGUUUUGGAGUUGUUCUAGCCGAGCUUUUAACUGGAGAAAAGCGAAUAAGUUCAUCAAAGGAAACCCUAGAAAAGUUUUUUAUAUCAUCAGUGGAAGAUGGGAGUCUUUUUGAUAAAAUCCGAAUUCAAAACGAUGGGAAAGAAGAACAGUUCAGGAAAAUUGCUGAGCUUGCAAUGAACUGCCUACAGGAGAAAAGAGAAGAUAGGCCAACAAUGAAGCAAGUUUUGGAGCAGCUUGAUUCUUUUAAAAAGCUGUUUGACCAACCAUUAUUCCAACAUUGUCAGAAGACUAAACAUCAUCGAGGUGAACCAUCCACAAGUUCUAUCACCGAUGCAGGGCUUGAAAUAGAUGUUGGUCGUUGAUUGUUUAACUGCUGAUAAUCUUUGCAAAAAUUAUAAGGUGAGAGGGAAGAAGGUUGCUUCUCAUUACAGCAAGCUGAACCGAUUGCAUUGAUGGAAGGGCUGAGGCAUGCUUAGUGAGUUAAGCAAUUCAAGGUUAUCCUAUACUUUGGAUGCUGGAGUAGUUGUGGUGCCUGUUUCUUAGUUUGUGGGAAUUUAGAAAUGUUGACUUAGGUUUUCUACAAUAGUUUUGUUUCUUUUGAAUCUGUCUUUAUUUUAUGGUGUGAUUAUCCAUGUGCGAGAGUUGAUGUCAA